AUGAGCAGUAAGAUGAGCGAUGAACUGGUAAAUGUGCAAAAUGGCGCUGCGAGUAAAUUAAAAACCGCGAAGAAUCCGAAAGAAAUAACGAGUGAAGAAUGGAAAAGUAUUCUCGAACCGUUAGAAUUUCAUGUAACCCGUGAAUCAGGCACCGAGCAAGCAUUUUCGGGUAAGUUUGAUAAAUAUUUUGAGAAAGAUGGCGAAUAUCACUGCUUAUGUUGUGGCGCAAAAUUAUUUGAUUCUGAUACAAAAUUUAAUUCGGGAUGUGGUUGGCCAGCAUUUUUUAAAUCAUUUAAUAAUGAUGAAAAUAUUGUACGUUUAUUGGAUACGUCACAUGGACGAAUAAGAACUGAAGUUCGUUGCAAGAAAUGUGAUGCGCAUCUCGGACAUGUUUUUGAUGAUGGGCCACAGGAACGCGGUGGAGAGCGAUACUGUAUUAAUAGUUGCUCUAUUAAUUUUAUCAAAAAUUGA